AUGGGCGCCGAGACCGAGCACUGGGCCGAGCUGCUGCCGGCCAAGGCCGUCUACACGGUGAGCAACAUUGGCGGCAGCGCGCUCAUCAACUUCCUCACGGUCUUCUUCGCGGCGUCCUUUGACAAGUUCCAGAUCGGCAUGCUCCAGACGAUCCCGGCCGUCUGCUCGAUCCUCGCGCCGCCGCUCUGGGGCGCCAUCUCGGAUGUCCUCCGCAAGCAACGCGUCAUCCACAUUACGUGCUUGACCUUCUCGGAGCUCCCGGCGUUCUACUUUGCCGAUACGAUCAUCGCCAAGCUCGGGACUGUCAAGGUGCUCGCGAUCUCGAUUUUGGCUUAUGGCGCGCGGCUCACGUGUUAUGCGCUCAUGACGAACGCGUGGAUUGCGCUGCCGUUCGAGUUUCUCCACGGCUGCACCUUUGGUCUUGCCUGGGCGGCGUGUACCAAGUACAUUUACGAUGCCGCUCCACCCGGCACCAAGGGUACCAUGAUGGGCGUCUUGAGUGCGGUCCAGAACGGACUUGGCCGUGGCGUCGGCACGUUGGUCGGCGGGUAUCUCUACAACACGUACGGCGCGAGCUUCAUGUGGACAGUCACUGACUGCGGCGUCCCGCUCGCGCUUCUUGGGCUCUACCUCUUUUCGUGUACGAUCGACGAGACGUCGCAGCCCGUGCCAAGCGAUGAUGAUGGCGCAUCGAUCCAAAAGUCGCCAAGCGACAAGGACCACCUCCUCGCGUAA